ACAAAUUCUUCCACGCUUUGUCUAUCUUUCAAUCUUCUGAGGCUUUUCUAGUAAGAUGGCACUCGCCAUAGGCAGUGGCAUUGCAGCAAUCCCUUCCUCGCUCUCAAAAUCCUCCCUAGGAGCGGCCGCUCCCAAGUCUCGAUCCAAUCGCUCCUUGGCCUUCCUGCCAGUGAGAGCUUCGUCGGACAAUGGCCGACGAACCCCUGGAGGAGGUGAUGGGAUCAGCAGCGUACUGGACCAGACCAAGAAGGAGAUCACCCGCGAGGAUGUGCUCAAGAACCAGGCCGAGAAUGAGUCGGAGAAGAAGUCCGUGUUUGGAGCGGUGCCAUCGUCCGGAGCAUUGUGGCCUAGGCCUGAGAUUGAGAGGCGGCCAGAGACGGGCGAUCGAUCAUUUGCGAGCUUGAUGGCAUUCGAUGGCGCUGGCCCAGAGACGAUCAACGGCAGACUGGCAAUGGUUGGAAUCUUGUGGGCCUUUGCAGUGGAGAGAAUGACGGGACAAACGGUGGCCGAGCAGCUCUACACGCCAGGCAACUUCGGCUUGUUUAACUUCUUGGCGGUGGCACAGCUCUUUGCAUACGCGUCGCUGGUUCCCAUGUUUAAGGGAGAGAGCCCCGAUAGCCGAUCCUUGGGCCCGUUUAGAGCCAUGGCGGAGCGCUGGAAUGGGCGGACUGCCAUGCUUGGCUUCCUCGCUCUGGUGCUCACGGAAUUCUUCACCAAGACCCCAGUUUUUCACAUGAUGUAAGAGGUAGAAAUUUGUUGAUUUGUAAAUUUUGGCCAGUACUUAAAUAGAUAUUAAAUUCUACAUGGUAAACGAAAAA